AUGACGUUUGGGUUUUCAAAAUCUUGCUUUUUUACUUUCACUUUCUUUUUUCCUUUAUUUCUUUUUUUUUCAUUUUUUUCCCUUUAUCCUCAUCAUUUUUCAAGAAAAUCUUCUUUCCUAUAUAUUUUUUUAUUUUUUCUCAUUUUCUUCAUUUUUUCAAAAUUUUUCCUUUUUUCAUUUGAUUUCUUUGUUUCUUUUUCUGUUUUUUUUUAUUUCCUUACUUUCUUUCCCUUAGGAAUUUUAUUUUUAUUUUUUUUAUUUCCUCAUCACUUUUCAAAUGUUUUCUUUCUUUCUUUAUUUUUCUUUCUUUCUUUCUUUCUUUCUUUCUUGCUUGCUUUUGUCUUUCCCAUUUUCUUUUCUUUCUUUUCCCUUCCUAUUCAUCAUUUUCAGGCAAAUUUUCUUUAUUUUUUCUUUUUUUUAUUUUCUGCUUUCUUUUUUUUUCUUUACUUUUCUUCUUCAUUUUCUUUCAAUUUUUUCCUGAUUUUUAUUUAUGUGCGGCCUCACAUCAUAACUACAUUUUCCUUCAUUCAUAAGCUUGAGUGCUUACUUCGUUCUUUCAUGUCACCAACUUUUGAGUUUGGUUUGAUCUCAAGCAGAUUAUAA